AUGCGCAAGAAAGGUCCUUGUCCAAAUGCUCAAUCUCGUUCCCAGUGUCCUUUCUUCCCUGUUCAAAUGAGCAACACAGAGGAACCUAAAAGAAAUCUACAAGCUCAUAAUAGGUCUCACACUGAAGAGAAGCCAUACCAUUGCAAAACUUGUAACAAGCAGUUUACUCAGGAAAGAAGUCUACAGGUUCAUAGUAGGUCUCACACUGGAGAGAAGCCAUACCAUUGCAAAACUUGUGACAAGCGGUUUACAAGGAAACAAGAUCUGCAAAGUCAUGAAAGAUUCCACACUGGAGAUAAGCCAUACCAUUGUAAAACUUGUGACAAGUGGUUUACUCAGAAAAGAAAUCUACAAGCUCAUAAUAGGUCUCACGCUGGAGAGAAGCCAUACUAUUGCAAAACUUGUGACAAGCAGUUUACUAGGAAACAAGAUCUGCAAAGACAUGAAAGAUCCCACAAUGGAGAGAAGCCCUUCCAGUGCAAAACUUGCGAUAAAUGCUUUGCACAGAAAAGCAGUCUUAAACUUCAUAUUAGGUCUCACACUGGAGAGAAGCCAUACCAUUGCAAAACUUGUGACAAGUUGUUUGCACAAAAGGGUAAUCUAACAGUACAUGAAAGAUCUCACACUGGAGAGAAGCCCUUCCAGUGCAAAACUUGUGAUAAGUGCUUUACUCACAAAAGCAAUCUUAAACUUCAUAUUAGGUCUCACACUGGAGAGAAGCCAUACCAUUGCAAAACUUGUGACAAGCAGUUUACUAGGAAACAAGAUCUGCAAAGACAUGAAAGAUCCCACACUGGAGAGAAGCCCUUCCAGUGCAAAACUUGUGAUAAGUGCUUUACUCAGAAAAGCAAUCUUAAACUUCAUAUUAGGUCUCACACUGGAGAGAAGCCAUACCAUUGCAAAACUUGUGACAAGUUGUUUGCACAAAAGGGUCAUCUAACAGUACAUGAAAGAUCCCACACUGGAGAGAAGCCAUACCAUUGCAAAACUUGUGACAAGUGGUUUGCACAAAAGGGUCAUCUAACAGUACAUGAAAGAUCCCACACUGGAGAGAAGCCAUACCAGUGCAAAACAUGUAAUAAGUGGUUUACUCGUAAAGGAGAUCUACAAGUACAUGAAAGAUCUCACACUGGAGAGAAGCCAUACCAGUGCAAAAGCUGUGACAAGCGGUUUACUAGGAAACAAGAUCUGCAAAGACAUGAAAGAUCCCACACUGGAGAAAAGCCAUACCAAUGCAAAACAUGUAAUAAGCGGUUUACUCGUAAAGGAAAUCUACAAGUGCAUGUAAGAUCCCACACUGGAGAAAAGCCAUACCAAUGCAAAACAUGUAAUAAGCGGUUUACUCGUAAAGGAAAUCUACAAGUGCAUGUAAGAUCCCACACUGGAGAGAAACCAUACCAGUGCAAAACUUGUGACAAGCGGUUUACUAGGAAACAAGAUCUGCAGAGACAUGAAAGAUCCCACACUGGAGAAAAGCCAUUCCAGUGCAAAGCUUGUGAUAAGUGGUUUACUCAUAAGGGAACACUACAAAGACAUGAAAAAUUGCACUCUGGACAGCAGUCAUAUUCUUCAGAUUAUGAUGAAUCAUUUACUUGCUGGAUUUGCCAGGAGGGACUGAGCAGUGCUUCCCAGCUUGUUAACCAUUAUGAGGAACACAUGGGGUUGCCUUGA